GAAUUUGAAGAUUAACACUACAGCUAGAACCCUCAAAAGAGUUCUUCAAUGGAGAACCUGAUCAUUCUCUGGUAGUCACUCUUUUUUUAUAGAGAUAAUUCAAUUCUUCUCAGACAUGUCUUCAAUCAAGGCCUACUCUCUACAUCUGCACACACAAUUUCACCACCCCAAAACUACAAACCUCCACAAAUCACCAUUCAUAAGUCUUCCCCACAAGAAGAAGCCUCAAAAACUCACCUUCCAAAUCCAAUCCCGCAUUUCUCAUAAACCCAGCUCAAAAAUUCAUUGUUCAAGCCCUUCUGCAUCAUCAAAUUCAGAAAUUUUAAGGUUUUUACAAGAAAAGGUUGUGACUUUCGUUGUGGGGUCAGUGAUUUUCUUGGGUUGUUUUGGGUUUAGUGUGAGACCAAGCUUGGCAUUGCCUGGUAACGAGGGCAAAGUGAGCGAGAAUUUGACAGAAAAGAGUGAGACACAAAUGGGGGACGAUGAAGAAGAGAAUAUGUUCGAGAAGAUUUUGGAGAGAGAACCAAGGAAUGUGGAGGCUUUGAAGGUGCUGGUGUAUGGGAAGAUGAGGAGAGGGAGGACUUCGGAGGCUGUGAAGUAUAUUGAAAGGCUGAUCAAAAUCCAGCCGAGGGAGGUGGAAUGGAGGCUGUUACAAGCGCUUUGUUACGAGAUGAUGGGGCAGUUGAGUACAGCCAAGAGGUUGUUUAAGGAAAUUUUGAAGAAGAGGCCUCUUUUGCUUAGAGCUUUGCAUGGUCUAGCAAUGGUGAUGCACAAAAACCAUGAAGGCCCAGCUGUUUUUGAGAUGCUAGCAAAAGCUCUGGAAGUUGCACGUCGUGAAAAAAGGGUCAACGAGGAGCGGAACAUAAAAAUUUUAAUUGCACAAAUGCAUGUUGUUAAGGGUAUGCUGGAGGAGGGCUUGAAACAAUUUCGAGUUCUGGUGAAUGAAAAUCCUCGAGAUUUUCGACCCUAUCUUUGCCAGGGCAUAAUCUAUAGUUUGCUGGAUAAAAAGGAGGAAGCAGCAGAACAGUUUGAGGUAUAUCGAAGCCUUGUACCCGAUGAAUUCCCAGAAAGAGGAUUUAUGGACGAUGUUGUCUUAGCAGCAAAAACCAAAUCUAGGGAGCAGCUUCAGAAGGAGUUUAAAGCUCAAUUCUCACACAAGAAAUGAAGCACCAGAACUCACUCUUUCCUCAAAUGACUACCAUCAUCAAAAACACAUAUUAUAGGCAUUCAGCUUGUCUUAAAAUUGUUGGUGCUAAGCCAAUCUUCACCAGGGUCAACUUUAAGACUGGCAAUAUCACUAUGCAUCACAAAAUGUUUACCCUGUUCAAGCUCAGUCUCUCUUUGUUCACAACAUCUUCCAUACCACUUAUGGGGUGAUUUGAUUCGUCAGUGAAAUCCUGUGUCAUUUCUUCCUUCAUAUUGUUUUAAUUUCAUAGUCUUAAUAUAAUUGUGAACUGGUUUUAGAGACAUGUAUAUUGUAUUAGGUGAGAGUUAUGGUGUGA